AUGGCAGAGGAGGAUGAGAACAUGAGUGAAGAGCUCAACCAUGAUGACGCGGAGAACGAGCAAAAGGUGAUCAAUGAAGAAUACAAGACAUGGAAGAAAAAUGCGCCAUUUCUCUAUGACAUGAUCCUCAGCACAGCCUUAGAUUGGCCAACCCUAACGACACAAUGGUUUCCGGAUAUAUCAGAAGUACCAGGAACUAAUUAUUCGAAGCACCGACUCCUCAUCGGAACCCAUACUGCGGAAGGCCAACCAAACUACCUCGAAAUCGCCAAUGUCCAAUUACCCAACCCCAAGAAACCUGAUGUCAAAGACUAUAACGAAGAGACGGGUGAGAUUGGCGGCUACGGUGGUGGCCCAUCAAAGAACUCAUUUGAGGUCAAGUUCAAUAUUGUACAAAAGAUCGAUCACCCGGGUGAGGUCAACAAGGCUCGAUACCAACCUCAAAAUCCCAACAUUAUUGCAACAAUGUGUACCGAUGGUCGGGUGUUAAUAUGGGACAAAACGAAGCUAAGAAGCGUACCGACAGGCACUCCUGAUCCAACCAUAAUUUUAAGCGGCCACGAAAAGGAAGGGUAUGGUCUUAGCUGGAGUCCGAGGGAAGCUGGCCAGCUCGUCACCGCAAGCGAGGACACCACAGUCAGACUGUGGGACAUCACUCAGGCUUCUAAAACUAACAAAUCUCUGAAAGAGAGCCGGAAAUACACACACCACUCUAGUAUCGUCAACGACGUCCAAUACCAUCCAACACUUCCUAGCCUGUUUGGGACUGUUUCGGAUGAUCUUACCAUGCAAUUGAUAGACCUGCGACAACCAGACACCACGAGAGCUGCCGCCGUGUCAGGAGAGAAUCAGCACAAAGAUGCGAUAAAUGCCAUAGCAUUCAACUUAGCGGUCGAGACCGUAGUUGCUACUGGUAGUGCUGACAAAACCAUCGCGAUCUGGGAUCUACGGAAUUUAAAUCACAAGAUACAUGCUCUGGAAGGCCAUAACGACAGUGUGACAACACUAGAGUGGCAUCCGUUUGAAGAGGGUGUGCUCGCCUCAAGCAGCUAUGAUCGAAGAAUUAUGUUCUGGGAUUUGAACCGAGUGGGUGAAGAGCAGACACCAGAAGACAGCGAAGACGGACCACCGGAGUUGCUCUUCAUGCAUGGAGGGCACACAAAUCGCAUCAGUGAUUUCUCCUGGAAUAAAAACAAUCCAUGGGUACUGUGCAGUGCGGCAGAUGACAACUUGAUCCAGGUCUGGAAGGUCGCUGAUGCUAUUGUGGGCUGUGAUGAUGAGGAUGUGCCAAUGAACGAGCUCGAAGGCUAA